AUGACUUACACCUUUACUUGUCAUUCGGAUCGGUCGGGAAACCACAGAUGUGCUGUUUUAAAAUUCGAAAAUGUCACGAUAAUGAUGGACCCGGCCUGGAACGGUAGCACUGCAGACCGGGACGAAGCAACUGAGUUUUGGGCUCAAUUGAUAGCACAAACGGACAUAGUGCUGCUGAGCCAGCCGACAGCAGAAUCGUUGGGUGCAUAUGCGUCGUUGUACAUUGGGUUUUUGGCGCAUUUCCACUCACGAAUUGCAGUAUACGCUACAUUGCCCGUGGCCAAUUUGGGAAGAGUCACCACACUCGAUCUCUAUGCAUCACAGGGACUGGUAGGACCAGUGGAAAGCAAUAUGCUUGACGUGGCAGAUAUCGAGGAAGCCUUUGACCACAUCAUAUCAGUCAAACACUCUCAGAUAUUGGACCUCAAAGCGAAAUUCGAAGGGCUUACAGUCGUACCGUACAACUCGGGCUAUGCUCCUGGUGGAUCGAUUUUCAGCAUAACUACUUUUUCAGACAAGGUUAUUUAUGCACCACGCUGGAAUCAUACCAAGGACACAAUUUUGAAUAGCGCCGCGGUUCUAGACGUUUCUGGGAAACCUAUAUCUUCGCUGAUGAGACCAUCGGCAAUUGUCACCACUACGUCUCAUUUAGGCUCUCCAUUGCCAUACAGAAGACGAGCCUCACAGUUCAAAGAGCUUUUGAGAGGCAUAAUUUCUAAAAACGGAACAGCUGUUAUUCCCUGUCAAAUUGGUGGCAAGUUUCUAGAUCUGCUUGUGCUUGUCAAUGACAUGAUUUUCGAGCAGAGGAGAUAUAGAAAUCAGUUCGAUGUGCCAAUUUUGCUGGUUUCCUAUUCUCGGGGCAGGUCCCUCACUUACGCGAAGAGUAUGCUGGAAUGGCUGUCAGCCUCAGUGGUCAAAACUUGGGAGGGCCGGAACAACCGGUCGCCUUUCGACUUAGGUUCACGCUUUGCCAUAGUGACCCCCGAUGAGCUUAAAAAUUACUCAGGGAGUAAGAUGUGUUUUGUUUCCGAGGUCGACAGGCUCAUAAACGAUUCAAUGUUAGCGCUAGGACAAUCAGAUAAAACGACUGUCAUAUUGACUGAACCAGAUGCCACAUCUCAAGCCUCCAACAAGGUCUUAUCAAGCAUGUUCGCCAGCUGGGCGAAGGCAACUAAAGGCCGCGACAAUAAGUCUUUGGAUGUAAGGCCAGUCCUGUUUGCGCAAUCGGUAAAGAUGGACCUUGUGAAAAAUCAACAGCUGGAAGGUCAAGAUCUAGAAAACUUCACAACUAAAAUUCAAAAGAGAAGUGUUGAGCGCACAGAGCUUGCAGAGAGACUCAAAAAAGAGUCACGAGCCGAUGGAGCCUCUGAUGCUGCUGGGUUGCUGAAUGCAAAAGCCGAGGAAGAAGAUGACGAUGACGACGACCUGCCAGACUUUAUUACGGCCGCUAGUCGAAAGGCCAACGCCGUUGCCAAACCAAUAGAUGUACCCGUCGACGUGUACAUCAACCCUGAAGCACCAGCAAGGCAUAAAAUGUUCGCAUUUCAACCGGUAAAGAUCAAGCGAGACGACUACGGCGAUGUUGUAGACUUUUCACAGUUUGUCCCUAAGGAUCAGUUGGAAGAAAACGAUAAAAGGUCUGCGGCAGAUGCCUUUGACGAAGAUGAAGAUCCUUACGAAAUAGAGCUCACUUCAAAGACUACGAAGAAACGACGUGGCGGAGGUUCUGGCAAGGGCAGCAAUAAAAAAAAGGAGGAAAACAUUGAUGAUGUUUCCUACUUGAACACACUCAACAAGCCUUGUCGCAGGUCAGUGAACGAGACGAGCUUCAACAUGAGAUGCUCGCUAUCUGUCGUAGAUCUCACGAGUUUGGUUGACCAACGGUCGAUGUCAGUGAUCUGGCCAGCUUUGAAACCUCGAAACAUUUUGCUGAUGGCUCCCAAGGAGUUACAGAGUGCCACAGCCAUAAAAGCAUUGAAAAGCAAGCUUUUGGAAGUCACAAAUCUCGAAUUCAACAAAUCAACGACAUUUGAGACCUUGAUCAGAUCAAUGGAUAUCUCAGUCGAUCCAGAACUCGACCAACGGCUCAGGUGGCAAAGUAUCAGCGACGGAUACACAAUUGCACACGUUGUUGGACGUCUAAUGCGUGACACAACGCCCUUCGCAGACGCAAAGCAGCAGCAUCGUGACAAAUGGGUGCUUAAACCAAUUUCCAAUGGCUCAAAGCUGUACCCCAAAGUCUCUCUGGCUAUCGGGGACGUGAAGCUGGCCGAGGUCAAGCGACGCAUGACUCAGAAGAACCAUAUUGCUGAGUUCAAAGGUGAAGGGUCUCUGGUUAUUGAUGGAAAAGUCGUCGUCAGGAAAAUUAGCGAUGGCGAAACGGUCGUUGACGGGGCACCCUCAGAACUUUUCUAUGAAGUUAAAGCAGCUGUUGCCGACAUGCUAGCCAAGGUGUGA